GACAGAAGCAAGGAAAGAGAAUAACGGCGUAUAAUAAUGCCCUUGUACGCAGGAAUAUAGAUAGAUAUCAAGAAUGAGUCCUUUCUAUCCUUUUGAAAAUGAGAUGCCUCUUGAUAUUUCAGGUAGUAACAGGAUCCAAGAUGUGACCUCAUAUGUUUAGACACCCCUUAGACAAAUAACAAAAAUAGUACCAGGACAUAAACGCUAUCUCACCAUGCAUCCCUCAUCUCGCCCAUCUGUGCCCUCACGAUCCCGCAGAUUUGACAAAAGGCAACCAGAAGCCAAGUCAAGCCAAGGACCCAAAAGGGUGGACAAAAACGUUAGCACAGCAUCUUCCUCCCCUCGACUUGGCACCCGGGGACCACCUGCGUCUUUCAGGUUAAAGGGCCCCAGUCAAGGUGUACGAGCCCCAGUAGUUCAGGCCAAAUUGGUUCGGCCACAAAAGAACACUGCUAGUGCAAUUCCAGCAAAACCAAAAAGUGUACGCACUUUUUCAAACCUAGAUGUGGACCCAAACUGCAAUGAACCCAGCCUACCAUGUUUGUGUUGUGAUGGCCAUUCACCUCAGGAUAGCAACAGCCUUUAUAAUCACAACCAUAACAACAAUAACACUGUUACCAUCAGACAACAAAUGAAGACAGCACCACCAUCUCCUCACAAGGAUAAAUUGGCUGUUCUAAAACAAGACGUAAAAGAAGAUGAGGGCAAGCUGGAAAUUAACCAACCUCAUGCCAUCCCAGUGGAGGAGAGAGAUGAGGAAAAUGGCAAUGUGGAUGAAAAAGAUGGAGCUGGCCUCAAGAAUAAUGACAAAAGUAUAAAUGUGAAUGACAAUGUCGAUGUGAAUGGUAACGGCAAUGGUGAUGGAGAUAAUGAUGAUGAAGAUGAAGACGAUGAAGAUGAUGAUACUCUUGUCCCUUCUUGCUGCAAUUGCCCAGAAUCCAUGCUGGACUUCUCUCUCACAUCUUCUACCUCGUCUUCUACCACAUCAAUUAGCAGCUGCUCAGAUCUGGAGUGUGACUGCCCAGAUACAUUCUCACUGUCAUCACAGGACCAAGAAGCUCCUGAAUGCUAUCCAUCCAACCAUUCCCCAGCCUCCCACAGCCCAAACUUUCAGACCAAUAUCUUACCAUUGGAUCUCAAUGCUUCUGACAGACCACCAAUUUCCCAUUGCUCUUCUGAUGAAGGCUAUCCCUCUGCCCCAUCCUCCCCCUCCUCUGACUUCUCAGAGAACAAGGCAUCAGAAAAAUUGGAUCUCCUCAACUUUAUAGACUCCAUGGAAGAGUUAGGAAAAGCAGAUCUGUUCUACCGCAUUGUUCAGAUUGUACAUUGGGAACUGGAUAGUGAGCUGAUUGUGAAAGAUAGACUGGAUCAUCAACAGAAGCUUCAGAGGGUCAACAAAGAGGUCAAACUGGCCUAUCUUGUGAAACUUCAGGAGGAAGGAUUUGAUUUUGAUAAUAAGGAUAUAACUGGACUUUUAGAUGAAAUGGGCAAUAUUGACAUUCCAUGGAAGCUGUAUAAGAGCAAUAAAAAAGAAUUAUGUGAUGCCCAGGAAUUGUCUGAUGCAGGGGUGUAUCUGACAGCCCCUUCUGAGCUUGAUGAAACCCCUUUGCCUGAUUCUCUUGCUCCAUCACCACUGAAUCUUCCUCCCCCUCCCCGGCCCCCAAAACCUCCAAAAAGGCAUGCAAGUGCUCACCCAGACUCACACAUGUACAAAACCAUCAGUGGACAUACCUUUGCAGUCUCAUCCAACAAUGACAGUACUCCUUUCUCCAUAAGUGCCUCUGUUCCUCCAUUGCCUCAAUUGCCAUCUUCACCCACAGCCUCCAAACCUCAUACCCUUCCUCCUCCUCCAGCACAGCCUGUGCCCUACUUCACCUUAAAUACAGACUCCCCCACUCUCACCUUCCCCACACCACCCAUUCCACCUCCUAGAAGACGGCACAAGGCCCGCCUGGAGGCUCAGAGACUUGCUGAGCUUGAAAAAGAAAAUACCCCCCACUCUCUUCCACCUCCAACGUCCAGACCUCCACCAUUGCCACCUCCACCUGUGUUGUCACCACCUCCAGCUAUUCCACCUCCACCAUCACUCCCACCCCCUCCAACUUUUCAUGCAUUGGAUGUGGAAAUCCGAAAGUUGCUUGCAUUGGCAGGGCUCACCCAAGCUGAAUUGCUUAAACUCAGUCCUGAGUUGGGUGUCUGUGUUGAUGUGGUCCUGGAGAAUGAUCAAGAGGCAAUAUCUGAUGUCUCUCAGGUGGGAGAAAUUAGAGUAAACAGGACACAAAAUGAUAAUAAAGGGGUUGUAGAUGAGGGGUUGAAUUCCAGAUUGAGAGAAGGAACUAGAUUUAGCAAAGACAGGUCUACUUGUUUGAAGGAAUUAGAUAUACUCAAUAAAAAGGAUGAUUCUAAAGAUGAACAGAAAGAAGCAAACAGGACAAUGUCCUUCACAGAAAUGGCAAGGCAAUAUAAGAAGAAUGGUGGAAACUGUAAUAAUAGCUGUAGCUGUGGUUUUGUAACCACUGUUUCCUUAGCUCCCUGCUCAUAUUACUGUACCGAUCUUAGCAAUACAAACAUCCCGAAUAUUAGCUUUGGGAAUUUUGAUUAUACUUCAGUGAUGUCUGACACCCCACCACCACCUUUGCCCCCUCGUCCACCAGUUUUCAAUUCUUCUGAACUUCCACCUCUCAAGCCAUGCACUCUACCUGCCAAUGCCUUUCGCCCAGAUAGGUUUGACUGGUUGAUAGCCUUCACCCCAGAUGCAGAGUCUCCACCCCUUGAGAUGAAACAAUCAUCUAAUGAUGGCAUGCUACACAAAGAAACUUCAGGCUCAAAAGUCACAACCUUUAAAGAAUUACGCAAUAAAUGCAAAAAGGGUUCCCCACCGCCUCCUGUUCAGCCAGAACCAGAUCCAACUGUAAUCACCCCAGACCCAGAUUUCCUGUACAACCUCAAAUGGAGGAAAGAGAAGAUUGAUGGGGAUGGCUGGGAAUAUACUCCCCAUGCACAAGCUUCUUUUCUUCAGCCACCACCCACUCCAGCCUCAUUGUCCCUCUUUAGGGAAAUGUGCCACCUGAAUAUACAAGAGGAUUGUCCAGCAGAUCUGUCCAGCAAAGCUUCCCAACAAAUCAGCUGUUCAGUCAGUGAAGGCAGCCUGAAGAGUAUUUGUAGCGAAAGAGAAAAAGAGGGUCACACCAAAAAGACAGAUGAUGAAGCAAAAUUGGUGGUUAGAGGAAUGGCAGAUGGAGCGUGGACUUUGGAAUCAAGGACAACAGUGUCCUCACCUCCCUUAUCUCUUGCCUUGCCCAACUCCUUGACCUCGCCUUAUUACCUGCGCACUGGUCCGCUGUCACAAGCCUUCCAGUUUUACCACACUGAUACAAACAGGGAUCAUGCCAUGGCCCAAAGUAGGGCUUCUAUUUCCAAACCAUGCAUAAAUCUAAACUCUGACCCCUGUAGAGAAGACUAUACUGACUCACUUAACUGUGCUGGCUCAGAAAACAAUACGUUUUUGUUCUGUAAACAAAGAAAUUAUCACAAUGGUAACAUGGAUUCUUUGUACCACCAGUGCAAUCAUGCUGACAGCUUUUUCGAUUCUUUUUACCUCUAUGGCCCUGAUUCUGAAAUCAAGACUACAAAUUUCUGUCCUCUGUAUAACAGUGAAUUAGAUCCAAUACAAAAUGAAGAUUCACUCUACUGUGAUGGCAAAUACACAAGAAAUACCCUGAAGCUUUUUUCUGACCCUGAACCAUUAACUGACUUUAACACACUCACUGACGGCGACAUAACGCCAUACAAAAACAUUGAUAUGCAAAGCUACAUAGCAAUGCGGAACCUUAAAAAUCAGAGAGAUGCGAACAAAAACAGUUACCAAAAUGCUAAUUAUCUGUUUGAUUUGAAUUCUGGAAAAACAGACGAUCCAGAACUACUAAUUGACUCAUUUUUAUACCACAAUAGCAAUGAAAAGACAACGCAAAACAAACAAGAGGUUGUAUCUUUCCCUGCCUACUACCUUUACCACCCCAAAAACUGCCCCUUGCACAAAGGUGCACCCCCACACCUGUCCCCCGUAGGUGCAAUUUCCCCUCCUCAUAAGUCUGGGCUGACAAUUUCUGGCACAAAUGUUGCCCGUCUCUGUUCACCGCUCUCCGCUCGCAGUCAUACCCUUCCUGCCCUUGCCGCCCCCCUCUAUUACCCGUAUCUGUACACCCCACCUGUUCAAACCCCUCUGCGGGAACCAUCGGUCCCCAUACUUCACUUUCAACAGAGUCCACCACAGCUUACUUUGACUGUUCGCAGCUUCUCAUUUACUGGCUGUGAUCAGAAGAAUGUGUCCUGGAUUGGAGAUGAUGUGAGGGCCUCACUGAAAUCUGACGGGCUGUCUUCUGCAUGCCUGCAGGAAAAGAGAACUUUUGUCAAUGCUGUCAGUUUGGCAGUAGAAGCUAUUUUGGCUCAGUUCAGUUCAUCCAGGACCGUGGUGCAGAAGUUUCACUCAGUAGAUAAGGCCCUUUCUGGAGACAGCAGUGUAAAUCCCUCUCUGGGUCGUCUCGUACUGCAGUGCCUUUGUCCUGCCCUGCGCACCCUGCUCUGUGAUGGACUCAGACCCCACCAGAGUGACCUCAUCACUGGCAGAAGGAUGAAUUCACCCUGGAGAUUGGUUCAGGCCUUCACCAAACCAGGCCCAGGAACACAGGCUUUGCACAGCCUCCAGAAUAAAGUAGCAGGGCUUCCCCAGCUUAAGCUGAGCAGACACAGGUUUAAUGCCUUCCUGUUUGGUCUUCUCAAUAUCAAGCUCCUGGAUUACUGGUUUUCUCAUCUGCUGUCCUGCAGUGAUGUGUUAGAGACAUAUUAUCGGCCUACUUCCUUCAUGCGUCUGUCACUCACGUCCUGUCAGCCCCUUUUUGAGGAGCUCCUCCUCCUACUGCAGCCUCUCUCUCUUCUAACCUUUAACCUCGACUUGCUGUUUCAGCAUCAUCACCUUGAUCCCACCUCCCCAACUAUUACACCAGCGAGUCACAGACCUGAGAAAUGUAGCCCGCCAAAUGAAGACUUCAGCUUCCACUUAUCACCCAAGGGGCUUUUCCAAGGGAGUGGCCAUCAUCUUGGGAGCAUUUUAGAGCAAGACCCUGGUGGUUUGUAUUUACAAGAUGCCAAUCCAGGUCUCACAAGCCUGCCCAGUCAUGUUCUUGAUGUGUUUGAAGAGUCAGCCUAUCGCAAUCCAAUUGUGCUGUCAUCCGGUGUCACCAAGGAGGUAGCCAGUCCUCCAUUAUCGUGGUUCAAAGGGAGUGAGAUCUCAGCAGCUCUUAGUGGCAGGAGUGGAGCAUGUCUUUCGCAGCAGGCAGGCCAGGCCCUUCAUCAAGGCUGGGGUGCAGUGAUGCGUCUCGGGGAGCGUUUUGGGCAGAACAUUGGUUUGGCCAACUCUAACUCCACAGAGGAUGUUAAAGCUCCUAACUCACCAGAUGACUCAAAGACUGGCUUCUCACUGAAUCCAAAAAGUCCAGUUGAAAACAGUCAGCAACCAAGAGCUGUAGAGUUUUCCAUGUGGGAUAGUGGAUCAGCUGUUCCUUGGGGCAUGGGAAGGCUCUUUGGAGCUUCGAAGAGCUCAAAUAACCCUCCACCAAGCAGGCGCCCAUCUCAGUGGCUCUCCUCUGGCAUAUCUGUCCUUACCCGCAUAGUGAACAUUGGCCAGGGUUCUCCAUCUGAAAUGAGAGAGCUCCAGAAAUGCAAAGAAGAUAAAAAUGAAAAGAGAAAGGAAACCAGAGAUCAGCCGAGGCUCUUAAGGGUGGUCAGAACUCUGUGUGACCACACCGGAAUUGGGACAGAACUGAGCUUCAGGAAAGGUGAGGAGCUUGUUCUAUUGGGUGGUGUGGACCAUGACUGGAUUCGAUGUCGUCAAGGUGACAAGGAGGGCCUUGUUCCUAUUGGUUAUGCUUCACUUGUCAUGUGACUUUAUUCCUAAAUUUUACCUGGAUGUUUGUGUAAAGUAAUAUCAGGGUAUAUUUACUUAAGUUUAAGGAAAAAGAGACAUAUAUAAAUGUAGUAAAUAGUAGCUGUGUUAUGUGUUUAACUUUGACCAUCGUUGCCUGGUGUGUGAUAUCUGAAAUAUUUUCUGUGAUAUAUAGGACACAACUCACAUUACUGAACAAAUCAUAAAUAUUUACCAUAGAUUAACAAAGAUAGAUAGACAGAUAAGACUUAAAGUGAGUAAUGAAAUGAAAAACAAUCAAGUUAAAGAAAAAUGGAACUAUGAUAUUUGUAUUUAGUAAAGGUGUUCUGCCAUUACAAACGGCUUGCCCAAAAGCUUGCUUAGCACACAGCUGCCCAAUGUGCCCAUGCCUAAAUCCACCCGUUUGUUACAUUUUAGAGUAUGUAUCACAAUUUUAAGACCACUAAACAGAACCGGUAUCCUUUUGCAAUUUUUUUGGUUGCACACUAAACUGUGUGUGUAAACCCUGUGCAUUUUUCUUGACAUAUCAUCAGCCCAGCAAUAUGUUGUAAAAGCAGGACUUUAUUCAUUAUUCUGGGGCUGCAUGAGUGAAUAUGAAAGAUUUACUGAAGGUAACUCUUUAAUUUAUUAAGUAAUUAAUGGUUUGGUUUUGUUAGGAUUAUUUAGCACUUUUAAAUAAGACUCUAGAGGUUAAUUGACUAGUCAUUCUAUAAAGCAAUUGCUUGACAAUUAAAAUUCCUCAACAUAUUAACACUUUGUUGUCCUAAUUUGUACACCAACAAUAAAUAGAAGAAAAUGGUAGAUUCAUUUUUGGUGUUGCCUGAAGAUGCCCUAAUGAACACCCUUUUAUUAUCUCACUUACCAAAAUAAGUAAAUAAUAAUAACACAUUUUUUUGAAUAAUCACAUUGGAUUGGAAUUGCAAUGUUAUUAUUAUUAUUAUUAUUGUAUAACACUGAAUGGUACUAAAUUAGUGUGUAGAUAAUUGUUUUAUUUCUUACAAUAUGAUAGCUAAUGUGGUCUUUAUCACCAAAAGAUCUUUAUCACCAUGAGCUUGAUAGUGAUGACUAUGCAUAAACUGUACAGUACUAUUUAUGAGGCUUGUUGCUGAGGAAAACCUCAUCUGAUUGAUGGCAUUAAGGGGUUUCUUUUCAAUGGAUAUUCUGUAUUGAUUAAAUGCUUUGAAUCAGGGGUUUACAAACUGCAUGAACGUGUGAAUAUGUGUAGACAAUAGGCCUUUCAGUAAACCAUGAACACAACUUUGUAUCUUUCUCUUUUGUGAGCAUGGGUACACUCACUCAAAAUACAUACACUCCAUGCUAAAUUUAUGGGCCUGGAUUGUAGUAGCUGUAGUGGAAAAGGUGAUCUAAAUUUAGUGAGUAUUUAUUGCAUAUGUAGUGUCCACACUCACAUUGACUGAUGGAACAGGCCCCCCCUGAGUAUUCACAGUACUGUAUGUAUAAUGUAUGAAAGCUGUAUGAACUUUAAUAUCAAGCUUUUAAUGAAUAAAUGGGAUUUAUCAAUCUACAGGUAUGUAAAAAGACAUUUGGUACAUUAUUAUUGGGUAUAGUUUAGGGGGAGAAAUUGAAUAACUUAAGAUCCUAGACCGAACUCAGUUAUCUUACAAUAAUUGGCUUGUUUCUUAAUGUCCCUGUAUUAAUAAAAAAAUAACCUACAUUUUUAUCAAGAUAAAGAAAAAAGAUUGUAGUCUUACCUCACAUGGCAAACUGCAAUGAUGCAUGAUUAAGGUUUUUUUCUGUUCAUUUAUUAAUAUUUUGGUAUUAGCAGACUUUUUUUAAAAUUUGUUUUAAUUACAUUAGUUUGUUUUGGAGAAAGAAACAGCUAUGUUGCAUCAUAAAUCUAGUGUAUUUAUUGUUUGUGAUUAAUUCUAUCAAUUGAGCUGCUUUCUAUCAGUUCCUCUUGUCUAUCUCUCUAUCUAUCUCUUGUUGUGUGUGUGUGUGAGCAUACCAGUUUGUGUGGUAAUAAGUUGCAUAGCUCUGUAUGGUAUUUUCCAUCGCUGGUAGCACACUUAAAACAUAAUGCACUGUUCCAACUCAUGAGUUCUGUUAUUCCCAGUGAAUCAGCUCUAUGCAUGUUGGUGUGUGUGUA